UCCGAGUCGCUGAAUUGAAACGCGAAGUUGAGCGCUAUGACCUCUCCAUCCUGUCUCUGCAAUCGAAGGUGAGGACGCUGACGGAGGAGAGAGAUCGGAGUCUCCCAGAGGGUGAGAGCUCAGAUCUGGCGAUUAGUGGUGAGAAUCGAGAAAUCCGCCGUGAGAAUAAAAACGAAGAUCACUGUGCGAUCACACCGGAAUCGAUUGCCGGAGAGCCACUGACCGGCGAGAAGGACCAACAGUCGGUGAAUGCAUCGAACUCAACGGACCAAAAAGACGUAAACAAUCGAAUUGGCGCAAAGGACGAUCGGAAAAACUCCGGGGCGGCACGAACGGGAAAUGGAGAAGAUGAACCGCUCAAAGAAGUAGAGGGUAAACCGGGUUCAUGUAAUUGCAGCUCCAACAGCGUGGAGGAGAAUCCGGUUCUGGAGGCGGUGAAAGCAGAACCGGUGACGGACUCGGGUGACGUGUUCGAAUCGGUAGCAGAGUCAAAAGGCAGGGAGGAGGGUACGAAGGAGAACUCUGAUGUGCAGAGCUCAGUUAGCAAAUCGAGGAAUACAGAUAAUUCCGAUAGAGCGAAUUCGCGUAGUCGCAGCUGCCAUGAGCGUGGGCACACGAAUGGCUCUCCCACCGCAAAAGCGACGCCUGCUGCAUACCAGCCGUUCAUCAAAUUUCUCCGAAAGAUUGAAAGCCAUAGGCACGGUUAUUUGUUCACGCGCCAGCUCGAAAGCCAGCAAACAGAAGAUUACAAGCUUUUAAUCAGACAACAUAUUGAUCUUGAAAUGAUUCGAACAUGGCUUGAAGAAGGACAUUACAUAGAUUUCAAAGCCAAAUUCUUUCGUGAUUUACUGGUGCUAGUAAACAACGCCAUCAUUUUCUUCAGGAAGAAGAAUACAUCUGAAUUCACUGCAGCGAUAGAGCUUCGACAGCUCAUCUCCAUGGAGAUGUCAAGAGCCAAGCUCUAUUCCCCGCCCUUAAAGCAGAAGUCUAUUAUAAAGCUAAAACCAUUCCGUAAGGAAGAAGAAAACCCUAAGCACUCCUCCAAAGAGGAUCCAAAAUCAUUGGUUGUUUGCCAUAAGCGUAGUUCUAAUGUUCAUCCAAAAUCAUCAAUAUCUUCCUCUGGAGUUGAUAAAAAAGAUCAAAUGGUAGUUGGACCAGACGAUAGACCAAUUAUCACUAAGAAGAGAACGCGAGAAACCAGAACCGAGAAGAAUUUCGCCAGCACCAACCCUAGCAAAAUAUCAGCUGCAGUUGUUCCAGAAAAGUCCCAAAGAAAGCGAGAGAAUAAACCACCCAAAAGUGAGAAUAAUAACGAUGAUAACAAGAUUGUCCAAUCUAACACUGACUUGAAGAAACGAGGUGCAGCCAAUUUCCUAAAUAGAAUGAAGCAGAGCUCUUCUUCAAACAGCGGAUCACUCAUACAUGCACUGAAGAGCACCCCACUCAGCGUUGAUGAUAGCAAGGAAAAAGAAAAGAAAAGCCUUCCAAAGAAGGUCUCUGAUAGGCCACCAAAGAGAGCUGCAGCUCCUACUCCUCAAUUGAGUAAACGAAAUUUCGAGUUGGAUCAAUCUGAGCCGUUGGCUACAAAACACGCAAAGAAAAGAUCAAAGAGGUGAGAUCAUAUAUAGGAAUUGCCUGCCAAAGUACCUUUCUUUAUGGAUCAUUUACCUCAGGGAGGGAGCUGGGGGGAGCUGCCAUUCACUUGAUUUUGUUAGACUAUAUCUCUGUGCUAUUUUUUUUGUAAAAUCUUUAAUGAAUUUGAAAAUUCACCCCGAAAUUGGAAAACAUUAAUUCACCUCCUGCAGUGUGAAAUGCUUUCUCCGGCCCUAAUUUAUUUAGUAAUCCUUCCCUAAGGAACGAUGGAUUGGAAAGAAAAGAGGAAACACAACUACAGAUUGGUGUGUAGCCUUGGAUAAAAUGUAUGUAUCAACUAGGCCAGAAUGGUGAUAUUCGAGUUUCAGGGCACUAUUGGAUUAAUGCUCCAGGUUCCAAAGAUCCAUAUGGCCAAAUCAUUAUUACCAUUUAACAUUGUGUCUCAAGUUGCAUAAUCUUUAGAUAGGAAUUGAAGUCAUUUGUUGUAUACGGUCUACACUUUUUUAUGCACAAUCACUCGUUGAGCAUUUGCUAUUCCAAUGUUUUGACAUGUUAUUUUUGGAGCUUUGGAUUAAAUUCAGUGCAAGACACUUGUUGAAGAAUGAAGAUUUGAAUGUUGAAUUUAUGCUGUUGUUACCGC